GCCAAAGGGGCGGUGCGGUCACGUGAGCGGCGCGAGGCCGGCGGCGACUUCCGGCGGGAACCGGGAGAGAACUGGGAGAGAACUGGGAGAGAACUGGGACUGAACUGGGCCAGGAUCCCGGAGCUGUCCGCGGUUGCCCCGGUUGCUGUCCCGGAGUCCCGGUUGCCAUCUCAGUGUCCCGGUUGCCAUCCCGGUUUCUGUCCCAGUUGUCCCGGUGGUUGCUGUCCCGGUGGUGCCCCGGUUUGUGCCCCGGUUGCCCCGGUUGGUUGCCGGUAGCCGCCCGGCCAUGCCGCUGCCGGUGGCGCUGCAGUCCCGCCUGGCCAAGCGGGGGCUGCUCAAGCACGUGGAGCCCGAGCCCGAGGAGGAGAUCAUCGCCGAGGAUUACGACGACGCCCACGUGGAUUACGAGGCCUCGCGGCUCGAGGGGCUGGUGCCCCCCUGGUACAAGGUCAUCGACCCCACCUGUGGGCUGCCCUACUACUGGAACGUGGACACCGACCUGGUGUCGUGGCUGCCCCCUGGCGACCCCGGCGCCGCCCCCGCCCGCGCCGCCAGGAGGAACAAGGGCAGCGCAGAGGCCGAGGAGCCCCCCGAGAAGGAGGAGGCGCCGCGGGAGCGCCGCGGGCACCGGCGCGAGGAGCUGGCACCGUACCCCAAGAGCAAGAGAGGCGGGCGCAAGGACGAGGAGCUGGACCCGAUGGACCCCAGCGCCUACUCGGACGCGCCCCGGGGCACGUGGUCCACGGGGCUGCCCAAGCGCAACGAGGCCAAGACGGGCGCGGACACGACGGCGGCCGGGCCCCUGUUCCAGCAGCGGCCGUACCCCAGCCCCGGCGCCGUGCUGCGCGCCAACGCCGAGGCCUCGCGCGGCAAGGACUGAGCCACAGCCGGCACCCCGAAAAUGGGGAGCCCCAAAAUGGGGAACCCCAAAAAUGGGAACUCAAAAAUGGGAACCCAAAAAUGGGGAGCAUCAAAAACACGACUCAAAGCGGGACCCCAAAAUGGAGAAUAUCAAAAAUGGGGAACCCGAAAUGGGGAAUCUCAAAAAUACGACCCAAAAGAGGACCCUAAAAAUGGGGAAUCCCAAAACAGGACCCCAAAAAUGGAACCUCAAAAGGGGGAACCUCAAAAUCUGCAAGCCCAAAACCCGGGAACCCUAAAACUGGGAAAGCCAAAAGCAGAAACUCCAAAAUCCGGGAACCCCAAAACCUUGCAACCCCAAAAUCCAGGAACCCUAAAACCUGGAUCCCCAAAAAUGUAAACCCCAAAACUUGGGAACCCUAAAACCAGGGAACCCUAAAACCAACAACCUCAAAACCUGGGAACCCCAAACUGAGAACCACCAAACUGGAAACCCCAAAACCCGUGAAGCAAAAAACUGGGAACCCCAAAACAGGGAACCCCAAAACCAGCAACCCCAAAUCUGGCAACCGCAAAGCCGGAAACCCCAAAACCCCCAGGACCCCCAAAACCCGGGGGGAUCCCCCAAAAUCCCACUCCAAACCACCCCAAAACCCGGGGUCCCCCCAAAUCCCCCCAAACCCAAGGUCCCCACAAACUCCCCUUGACCCCCAAGUUUGGGGUCCCCCCAAACCCCCCCGGAGCCCCAAACUUAGGGUCCCCCCAAAUCCCAAAGUUCAGGGUCCCCCCAAACCCCCCCGGACUCCCAAGUUUGGGGUCCCCCCCAAGCUCGAGGUCGCCACAAACCCCCCCGACCCCCAAGUUUGGGGUACCCCCAAACCCCCCGAGAGCCCCAAACUUAGGGUCCCCCCAAAUCCCAAAGUUCGGGGUCCCCCCAAAACCCCCUGGGUCCCCCAAGUUCGGGGUCCCCCCCCCCAGUUCGGGGUCCCCCCACCCCCCUUUCCCUGCAAUAAAGGCGCCGCAGCCCCGG